AUGAAAGACAUGCGAAUGCCUAGCAUUGCUGGUACUGCGUUACUUGACACAAAUCGAUGCGUGGCUGCUUUCACAGGGUCCAGCGAAACCCUAUCCGAAAAGGCAGCGUUUGAUACAGAGGUUCGCAAAGUCUUAGAGCAGAAGUUUAACCUAGAAGGACGUUUUGCUCAACUUGAUGCUGAAGGUGACAGCCCUGUAACCUGGCAGCAGGCUGCAGCGAAGGAGGCCAAAGAUAUUGUUUGGAGCCGACGCUUCAAGGUGAGGAUUGUCGACGCACCAGGGACUACUGAUGGUGUGGCUGCAGAAGCGCAACAUCGUCAAAACCGGGCAGAAGAAAGUCGGCUCAAGGCACGGGGACUGGCCACGGGAAGUGAGUUUAGCUCCACGCAGUCCAGUGAACCGAGCCACACUUCUGCACAUGAAGCAGAGAGCAGUGAUGACAACUCUGACUUGUACUUUCAGCGGCAAGAGGAUGAGGAUUCAUCCCAGCCGCUGGAACCGAGCCCAUGCUCGGAGGUAGGGCCUGGUUUUCCCAUGUUGCAAAUAGGAGAGGCUUAA